AUGGAGCCAUUUAUCAAGUUGCCCGAGUUUCCAUUAAUUAUCUGCAAAACAUGCCAUUAUGCAUACAUCGGUAAGCAUAUUGAGCAGCACAUGAAGCAAUAUCACAGGUCCAUCCGGGUAGCAGAAAGGAACGAGAUCACAAAAGCGAUCCAGUCAGACCCAGAUGUCAUCCAGACCCCGGCCGAGUUGGCAACAUGGCCAACGCCGCCACCCACAACCGACCCCAUCCCAUUUAUCCACCCACCACAGAGCGACAAAUUGGGUUGCGGCGAGGAGGGUUGUUUAUACGUGGUCGGUUCAGAACGAGCCAUGCAGAACCAUUACCGCAGUGACCAUGGAUGGACGAAUCCCCGAGGCAGGGGCGGAAGUGUCCAGCAGCGAGCCAUGGAGACACAGCAGGUCCCGUGGCGUAGCGGUGUCCAGUGUCAACGUUUUUUCAGCAAUGGGCCGGGCAGCCGUUGGUUCGAGGUCGGGUUCGGUGCACCGAUCAGCCAGGACCCGGACGAGGCAGCCGUUGCAGACCGUUUAAUGCAAACAUUAGACCAGCAGGAGCGCCGGUUUCAUUUGGAGGACAAAGAACGGAUCAAGGCCGCCGAUUCCAAGUUGGACGCCAACGCGUGGUUAGAGCACGUCGGAUGGGCCACCCAUUUGCAGGGGUUCGAUCCGGAAGCCAUGCAGCGGUUGGUCGACCCAGUGGGCGAGCAGGAGCAUGAGUUGCAGUUGAUCCAUGACAGCUUGGUGCGAGUGAUGGACCGAGCACGCACCAUAGCCACGCCCACCCACGUUGGAAGCCAUGCAUUGUUCGAGGUACAGCGAAAAGAGGUGGACAAGAAGCCACGGCGACCGUUCGACAACCGGGUCGAGGACGAUACGUGGACGCGUUACACGGCCGUGUGGACCAAGUUGGUGUGUUACAUAUACCGUGCCGAGAAAAUGCCAGAUGCAGAUAGGCCCAAGUUUCGGUUAUCCAAGCGGCAAGGCGAUUUCAUGGAUGAUUUGGCGGAUUUAGUCGAGGCGCACGUUAACGAUCCGGAGGCACAGCCAUUGGACGAGGACCGAUACCGCAGCGCCAUCAUCAGCGGUUUAGCCGUGAUGGGUAUCCGAAAGGACGGCGGUUGGAUGGAUGUGUUGGAUUAUACGCCCAUAUAUUCCGCCGUCAUCAAGGUCGCCCGUGCCAUGGUCGUGUACCAGUCAUACCAGGAGAGGCAGGCCGAGGUGAUGCGUUUGAAGCAGGAUAAGAUGGACGAGUGGAUGGUGCGGCGGCGGCAGGAGGGAAAUCAGACGUGGGAAGAGCAGCAUGCCCGAAAGGAGGCGGAAGAUGAGGCGGAAGAGGAGGCAGAAGAGGAGGCCACCAGCAUAUUCCGCAUCGUGCGUGGGAAAGUGCAGCGGUUCAUGACGGUCACGCCCAAGGAUCCCCACGCCGAGGCAACGCCGAUGGAUUGGAUUUACGAAGCACGCACGUACGGGAUGCACAUCCGGUUCAACACGCCGGCCGGCGGGACCAUCGAUUGGGUUGGGGACCGCAUCAAGCACCGGCGGGUGCAGUUCCGCAUGGGCGAGUUGACAGAGAUGUUGCAUGCGUUGAAGAGGGAAGCCCGAGAGUUGUUGGCGACGUUGACGAUGGUGGACGACAUCAGCCAGUUGCCGCGGAUCCCGUGGUCGUCGAUGGAAGACGACCAUAGCGAAGACAAGGUGGGAUAUUCAUUUUUGGAUGACGACCGUAACCACACGUGGUUGGCAGCCGGCAAGAGUUGGAAUGCGCGACAGAUCAUCAAGACGCAAGGGCGGCGUAAGAGUUGGUUCGACCACGGAAGGGAGGACGGGAAGCCGUUCCAGGCCAGAGCGGUGCAGUCAUAUGGGAAGACAUUCGACGAGUUCAUGGAAAAAGAUGUUUUUAUUGAUGCAUAUGGUAGGUGGCCAGCCGGCGCGAUCCACCGAGAUUUUAGGCAUUCGAUAUAA